GUCGCGCUCGGCCGUCCGACCGUCGGUGACGUCUGCGCUGCUCUAUAAAUCCAGGCGUUCAGUUCUACGAUAGCCACGUGAGCUCAGUCAUGAUAGAUGUGCUGUGAAGGAUUUCAUACGUAUAAGCCUCUCAGGCCUGAUAUGCCCCUUACGUGCUCGAUUCGCAGAUGCUCGAGAAGGGCCGAUUUAUCGGAGCGUUAAACUGUCAGGUGUCGAGUGCGCGUUCCGCCGGAGAAAUCGAUUCCGGGAUGGGGAAAAGGAUUCUGCCGGCGCGCACGUGCACCGCCGAUGUGCUUUUCCGUUUUAUGUAACCUCCUUCGGACGCGAGUUAUCGAUAACGAGUAAUCAAAAUAGAGAAUCAAAAGAGAGAAGUAGUGUCGUUUCUCGUGCCAGAGGAAUCGAACAAAAAGUGCCACUUCACAUAGCUGCAACGUAAGACUGAACUCGUGAAUCUAAAGAGCAAAACAUCAAAAGCAGCCGGAAGAAAGCUCUCCCGGCGAAGAAAUCAAAACAAAACGGCUUCCGCGCUCGCGCGCGCGCAAGCUCUCUACCGUGAAUACACGCGAUCAGCUGUGAAAGAACCUACUGCUGCUGUUGCUGCAGAGCUUAAGAGAAAAACUUGCGCGAGUUCUCAAUACACGAUCGUCUCGCCGCAAAGUUUCGGCCGACGAGCGAUGCGACAAUGCAGCUGCCCGGCAAAAGCUCGUCCUUAUCGCUGGCGAUGCUGCUGCUUCUCCUACUGUUCGCCGGCUGUGGCGAUGCUUACCUCGACCUCUUCAUCAGUCAAUCGCAAGUCAAGAAACUGCUCGGACUGGACGGCGAGCUAUUUUACGUGAGGGACGGCACCAUCAACACUUACGCGAUGAAUUUCGAGGUACCAGUUCUGGCUGUCAUCGACGAUCUGGAGUUCACCUGGCAGAGCCUCGUCGGACAACCGCUGGCCUACUCGAUGACGCUCGACUACGACAUGGGCGCGACGAACUACAACUCGGGCAUCAGGGCCCUACUGCCGCCGAAGAUCAACGUCUCUUCCCGGGGCUUCGUGCCGACGCAGCGGCAGGUGUUCGCCAUCAGGUUGCCCUGCUCGGGCCUCGAGAGCGCAGAGAUCAAGCUCGCGCUGAAGCUCAACGUCACGGCGCCGCCUGAGCCCAUGUACCGAGACACCAUCCUUGUUUUCAAGCGCAACAAGAUCUGCAUGAAGGGCAUCCGCACGCAAUCGAAGAACGACUCGGUGAAGCUGGAAGCCGGCCCGUUGACGAACGGAAACGGCGCUUUCUAUGUAGCGGCGACCUGCGCCUGUGCUCUUAUCUUGGUCGUCGUGAGCGUCGCGAGCGUCCUCUACAUACGCAACAGCAAACAGCGCAGCCAGCAUCCGAGGAAGAGCCUGACGUGCUGCAGCUACUCGGCAGCGGGUACCGGUGGUCUGGCCGGCAGUUCGGUGCUGGUCAAGGUGGAUAAUAGGCCUGGCAGCGCGAAUUCCGGCAGCUACGCCACGAUAGCGGACCUCGAGCCUCUCUACGCCAGGCCCUGCGGAUCCCGAGCAAGCUACUACGCCGCCAGCCACGUGACCCACUUGAGCCAGUCAACGGACCCCUGCGAGAAGGCUCGAGCAGUGGCAGUACCCAGGUCAGCGUUGCACUGUCGCAGUGUGAUACAGGAGGGGACUUUCGGCCGGGUGUACCGGGGAGGCUUGAGCCAGGCCGGACGCGAGCAGGAAGUCAUCAUAAAGACAGUUACAGACGUAGCCUCAGCGUAUCAGGCAUCGCUUCUGGUAGUGGAAGGCUCGCAGCUGGCCGGCCUGGUACACGGUAACAUUGCCACGUUGGCCGCAGCCUGCCUCGAGGGCACCUGUCCGAUGCUCGCUUACGCCUGUUCGCCCAGCGAUCUCAAUCUGAAAACCUACCUUACCGACGGCAGUCAUCAUCCGGUGACGCGCGAUCUCGUUAACAUUGCCGUACAGGUGGCGAGAGCAGGUGCUUUUCUCCACGGCAGAGGCAUUUUGCACAGAGACAUAGCAACGCGCAACUGUCUGGUAGACACGAGUACGUUGAGAACGCGAUUGGCCGACGCAGCGCUAUCGCGCGAUCUCUUCCCCCAGGAUUAUCACUGCCUGGGUGACAACGAGAACCGAGCCAUAGGCUGGAUGGCUUUGGAGACGUUGCAGCACGGACAGUACAGCACAGCCAGCGACGCGUGGUCGUUCGGCGUGUUCCUCUGGGAGCUUGCGACGAUGGGUCAGCAGCCCUACCUAGAAGUCGACCCGUUCGAGCUGACGGUGUUCCUGCGCGACGGCUACCGGCUCUCGCAGCCUCGGCCCUGUCCCGACGAGCUUUUCGCAGUGAUGGCUGUCUGCUGGCUGGGCCCGUCUCGAGACAGACCCACGAUGCCCCAGUUGCUCGCCUAUCUCCAGGAGUUCCACGACGCGCUCGGCGGCUUUAUCUGAACGCGAAACGCGACGCUUGCGAAAAUCGAUAGGGCUACGCUGUAGGUGUGUUGUGCGAAUGGGGUGUAUACGUAAGUACGCUGUGAGUGUUUUCCGCGCGGAACUUUUUGUACUUUUCAAGCGAAGCAGCUGAUAGCGAUGUACGGGCGUCUCGUAUCGUUUGGCUAUACGACGGUGGGAAAAGUUUCGACUUGCAGUGCUUUUCGUUCCUAAGAAUCUUGCGUAAUUGACGGCAUUGUCAUUUGCGGUUUUUUGCGCGCGCGCGCGCACGCGCAAUGUGUAUAAUAUGAUGCGUCACCUAGCUGCGUAUUACGAAUAGCGGCGCGGGGAUAAUAAAGUAUCCGAGUUUUUUUUCCCCGAGACUUUUCCCGACUGCCAUGCACAGCUAAAUAGCUUCAGCUUCGACUACACGCGACUGUGGUAGUUUCCUAGAUUUUCACAUUUUCCAAGCUGAUUCAGCGCUGUAAAAACUAGCUUGCGUAAGACCUCCAUCUCCCAUCUGAAUUUAUCGGAAAAAACUUUUCAAAAAACUUCUCGUGAAUUUUGCCUCCCGUAUUGUACGCAGACGAGGUACCCGAAUCAAAGCCGCUUUCAGCUGGUUGCGCAAGAGAAGCAGCAUAAACAGACGUACUCCGAGCAGUCAAAAUAAGUGAAAAAAAUCUUCCUGUCCAGCGCGCGUGUAAGUAACAUGAAUCGUCUCGGUCGCGAAAUAAAAAAAGUAUUUCGUGCAAUGUAAAGCGUCAAAGGCGCUGCUUCGCGAGGAACUUCGUUCAAAGCUCGCGAAGCCGCUUACGUCCGUCUGUUUUACUCUUCUCUGCAGCGCGAAUCCUGUGGCGAAUCAAGUUUCCUCGUCUGCAGCGAUCCGCUUUUACGCGCGAACGGACUGCGAGCGCGCCGACGCCUGUAAGUAGGCUGCUUAGGAGAGCGAUUGUGUCGGCGGGUGUUGCCGGGAACGUAGGCGCUAGCUGUCGCUCGUGUAUAGUGUAAGUGAUACAUUAUUAAGAGCUGUGUUGCUCGCGAGAAUGGAGUCCAGUCCUGAAAAGAACCGAAGACUCGGAUCCUUUUUUCGAACGGCUUGUUUGGAGCUUAUAGGAAACGUAAAUUAUUCAACUUGAAUUGCGGAAAGAUUGGAUUUGAUUAUACUCAUUAAACUGACUAUUGUAAAUAACGCACUGCUGCAAGAAAACCGACUGACGGUUAUACGGACAGUAUAUUUUCAGAUUCGAUUCAUAUUCAUGAGUAUUCGAUGAAGAGGGUUGUUUGAAACUCGGUUACCGAUUGCGAUUCGAUUCUUGAGAAUUUUUAGGCAUAAAUCAUGCGAAGCUGCGCGCUCGAACGAAAAGUUACGUUAUUAGUUUUUUCCGAGAAGUUUUUCAUUGUCUAUACCGACGGACGAUCGAUUCUAGUCUGAAAAAGUGAGAAAUCGUAUAAGGAAGCAAAACUGUAAACAUAGAAUAAAGAGAAAAUGAAAACGUGAUCUCUCGCGCCGCGGAUUUGAAGAAAAGCGAAAAGGAGAGAAGCUUUUAUAUGCUUAUCGCAAGCACUCGAUCCGCGUUGCGUCUUUCUCUCGGAUCGCGCUGUCGAUUCCCGGACAUUAUAUAUCUCUCAAUGUCGCAUGUUUUUCGUGUUAUAACUUUAUCGCAAACUCUGAAUCCUCUCCUCUUGGCGUUUUCCUAUUCUUUGAAUAUCAAAAGGUGUAAAAAGUCUAUUCUAUGCGAAUACGUAUUUUUUAUGUGUUAUUCUAGUCGUUGCUACACGAGAUAAUGAUUGUAUCAAGACUGAUUCUUACUUUAAAACACAGUAGCAAUGACGAAUAAAAGCUGAGAAAACGCCUCAUUUGCCGCAAAAAAAACGUCGUCCAUUGUACGAAUAUGAACUGACCCAAAUAUCACGAAAGUGUACAGUAGCGCUUUCAACAUACACCGAGACCUAAAAAAAUUGUCAUUGACCGAUACGCGAGGCUGAGGCGCUUUUCCGCGUUCGGGGUCUACCACACUAUUAUGUAUCAUACAUUUUCCAUCUAUACGUGUGCCCUUAAUUCUCAGCUCUCGAAUGAGAGGCUAAUGCGACAAAGGCCACUAUUUUUCCUACGUGUUUUUUCGCAAGCUUGUAUACUCUUUCUUGUACGAAAUGAAAAUAAUACGCGGCCUUGCGCUUCGCGAUUGUGAUAUUUUCUCUCUCGCUCUGACAGUUCUAAAGUGAAAUCCACACAAUCAGAGGUAGAUAAUUCGAAAUUGAUUUUACUUUGGCUUCUGUUGAAAGGGUCUGUUGAUCUCGACCAUUCGUUCAUGAUUGUAAUAACGGUGAAAGCUCGCUGUAAAACAUUGAGAGAGUAGACGCGAUAUAACUUGAUGACUAUCAUUCGUCCCGUUGUGUUCCAAGUAUACACACGAGCUUGGAAUAGUGGCGGCACGCGUUGAAAGUAAAAUUACGUAAAAGUAAAAAGGAUAUCUCCUCGAAAUGCGACGGUAGAGAGAAUUUCUCACGAGUCGACCGAUGCGCGCGUUUCGAGUCGAAUUUUUUGUUUUAAGACGAGCAUGAGUUAAUUUAAGGGGAAAUUUGAAUGCGCUAUUAUUAUCGACGAACUCUACGUGCAGUUUGUUUGAUUAUUGUAUAUGUAUGCUUUUGCGAAACUAAAUUAGUUCACUCUACAAUAAGUAUUAUCGACGUAGCCAUUAAGUAUAUUAGGAAAAGACUAUGUUAAAUUGUCGACGGAAUUAAAAUUAAAUCAAAAGUACUGAGAAACCAAUCGCGCACCGUCGUUCCGCGAUACUGAAUCGUAUAAUAAUACUUGGAAAGUAAAUUUUUGCUAUAUAAUCUAUCCUGCACUCGCGCUCGUACAAUUUACAAAUUUCUAUACGCAAGCGCACGUCUCCUCGGCGUCAGAACUAACGAUAUUAUUAAUCGUCGUCAGUGUAUAAAAUGCUAACCCUAGCUGCUACUUUCUCUAUUGUCUAUCUCUUUCUCUCUUUCUAUUUAUAAGUGUUUUCCGCUAACUGGAGGAACAGGGUAGACUAGAGCUACGCGCGCGCUCACUCGCUCGUUUCCUUUUUUCUCGCGCAGCUUAAUGUGCAUCUGUGUGUGCGGAGCGACUGUAUACUCUGUACGUUAUCAUGUAUUACGCAGGCGUAAAGCCGAAGACUCUGCGCGUGGAAACACAACGUCUGAAACACUGUAUACCCGGAGUGAUUGGCGACGAGCGUCGUGCUUAUAUGCUAAUCGUUUGUGUACAUUGAUGCUCCGGAAGAGUAUAGUCUUCGAAAAGAUAUCAGCGAAUUUUCCACCUUUUCUAUACGUCAACGCAAAAACUUUCGUACUCACAGCAGCAGCAACAGCAAGACAAAAGGCGGCGCUGCACAAUGCACCGCCGAUUUCCCGAGUCGCGCAUUGCGCAACGCGUAUGUACACAGGAAUUUCGCGCCUCGCGGCAAGAAACAAAAAAGGAACGGGGAGGAGGAAAAUAUCGCGUACUCGCUCGAUUCUUGCGGCGAUGUAAACUGAAAAUGUUAUACGCGCGUCAAAGUGCGCUAUAUGCAUCAUUAUGCAUACACCGAAUGUAAAUAGAAUGUCGUCCCUAUCGUCGGCCGGCGAAUUCAAUAUACGUACUUACAAUUAUACGAUAAAAAAGAAGAAGAAGAAGAACUGAAGCGAAUAAUUCAUUCGUCGAAUCGUUAAACAGUUAUUGCGUUAUCCGCAUUGUAUCCUCAUCUCUUUCUCUCGACGUACAUCUUUUGUAACCGCGCGUGCGCGCACGUGAUGCGAAUUAUAUAUAUAUAUAUAUAUAUACACACACACACACGUGCAGCAAGUCGUGUGCGUGUGAGUAUGUAUCCGAUGCGAGCGACACACGCACACGUGUAUUAUUGUACAUGUAUUGGCAGUGUUUAUUUUUUAAAACGGAAAAUAUUGGAUAUAUUAUAUAUUAUAUGCGAGGCUGAAUUAUGCGGACGAUAAACCAAAAAGAGAAGGGUUAUAUACACGUAUGUAUUGUAAAAGAAUUAAGUGAUGCGUGUGUUGUAAUGGAAAUAAAACUAUAUGGUAUAAUAAUGAAGGACGCGAACGAUCAAGCGUGGAGCGAAAAUAAAAGACGUAAACGAAAAAAACAAAUCAA